AUAAUCGUGAUCUUUUACAGCUGAUCAUAAUUUGUCUCAAUGUCGACAGUGUCAUAAUAAGCGUUUUCAGCUCGCUCUCUCUAUAUAUAUACACAGAUAAUAAUUAUAAUAAUUUGCUUGAGUUACGUACGGUCAUAAGGAAGGGUAGUAACUCUACAUGUCAUAUUCACAACAUGGUUAACCGAGACGUCGGGAACAUUCGAUGCCGAAAAUAGUGCAUCACUGGAACACUGAUCGUCAACCAAAAAAAAAACUUAAGUUAAUAGUGUAAAGAAAACGGCGACUAUAUAAAGAAACAAUAUCUGCUCCGCUUAAUGCACGUUGUGUAAAAGCUUCCGAAGGGGCGCAACUGGUCACCAUGCCUACCGAGUUCAAACUGGAGAAAUUUGUGAAAGAGGUUUUGGAGGCAGAAGUUUCUCGAAAUGAUUGUUUCUUGGAGGAUGCAAACCAGCUGCUUGUGUCCGAAGGAAAUGAAGAUGUCAGGUCUAGCAUGUUUGGCUACCCAACAUAUCCAUUAUACAGGUGCCUGUCUGCCAUGCUGCAGACAUGGAUGGAAACAAAAAAAUGUCCUGUGCUUGCAUUGCCGAGGUAUGAACUGCUGGAUGAAAAGGGAUAUGAAGAAACAAGAGCUGCUGUGAUUGCUUCUGUAACUCCUUUGCUGACAGGGUUGGAGUCACUGUGGCAGAUGUGGACAGCAGAGGAAAUAAAGUUCAGAGUUCGUGAAAUUCUUAUGCUGUUAUGCAAAAGAGGAAUUUUGGACCUUUUGGGGUUAAGGAAAACUGUUGGAAGCAAAGAAAAGUUUCCACCCUCACGGAUGCGUCUAAUGGAAUCUUUCAAGGAAAAACACAGUGUCAAGUCAGAACUGUGGGUUGGAGCCAGAGCCCUCUCUAAACACUACCACAGAGAUCACAGUACUUCUUGGUGGGGAAACUGCACUGGUAGUGAAGAAGAAAAGAAUGUGUAUGCAUUAGACAAGGUAACCAAGAUUCUCAACAAUGCUACCUGGAUCAAUAUCCACUGGUUACCACAUGAUGUCUAUAUUUUGGAGGUCCGACAAGAAAACGGGUACGGUGCUCGCUGGGUGGCUGAUGGCUCAAGUUUUCGAGGAUUUCUGGAGCCACAAAUGGAAGGAGGCCAUGAUGUUGGAUGGAGACAUUAGUUCCACUGUUUACCUUAGAACCUAAUAUUGUUAUGUAGUCCAAGGCACACAGGAUUAGAAAAUAUUUUAGAAAGAUUUGAAGUGACUUCAUUCAGUAAGUGACAAUGUUUCAUUAAAAAUAAGCAAACCAUAGAUGUAACAGACUUAUUUAUGUUAUGCUCUAUGUAGUACUUUACAGAAUCCAGUGUAGUUACAGAAUGCAACUACAUACAAUGGUUUAUCAUGAAUAUUUCACAAAUUUAUAGGUAUAGGAAUUUUCUGUGUGUACUGUGAGCAUGGAUGGACAAAGGAGGUCAUGUCUAAUUGUCAGAUACUUCAACAUUUUGGUUUUUGCUGCAGGAGUCAAGGAGGAAGAAAUAUAAAAAAUGUGUGUGUGUGUGUGCACUCAUUAGGGUGCAUGUUGGCAUACAUGUGUAUCUGAUUUUUUUUUUUUUUUUUUGCAUCAUUGGAGAAGUUUAAAAAGGGCAGCUUGGAAACUGAAACAUUAUACAUUUACUAUGUACCACUGCAUUCAUGCAAAUUCUCAUGUCUUCAGCUUAUGCAGAUUAUAGUUAGAUGUAUUUAAUUGGCCAGUGAGUAUUGUGAAUUUGUUCCUGGUGUCAGAUGAGCAUAAAAAUGGGAAGUGUGGAAACUGACAUUGUAUACUGCUAAUAGCCUUGCAGUUUAGCGGAACUAGAUAUUCAUGCAGGUUAGGGCAAUUUGAAAAAAACAAUGUGUGCUGAAAAGAUCAUUUUUUAGAAUGUUAGCAUGGUGUUUUAAUUUUCCGUCCUUUUUUAGCAAUCAUCACUCUAAAGAUGCAAUUUUGUGUCAGCAAAUGAC